GCUUUUGCACAUGGCUGGCGGAGCACCUAUGAAAUCUAAGGGGGGUGAGGAAAUUGCUGAUAGGAUCAGUAUAUUACCUGAUGAACUGAUCAAUCACAUUCAAUAUUUUCUUUCAACUAAAGAAGCUGUUAGGACCAGUAUCUUGUCCAAAAGGUGGAGACUUGCUGAUGGGAUCAGUGCAUUGCCUGAUGCACUUCUCACUCCCAUUCUAUCUUUUCUUUUGACCAAAGAAGCAGUUUGUGCAACUAUCUUGUCAAAAAGGUGGAAAUUUGCUUGGGCUUCAAUCCCAAUUCUUGACUGUAAUGAUUACGAGUUCUUCAACAAUGACACUGAAGAUGAGUCGACUGCACAGCAUUAUGUAAAGUUUGUUGGUAGAGUUUUGAGUCUCCAUGAUGCUUUUUUCACAAGGAAGUUUAUCCUCUGCUGUGAGUUGGAACAUAAAUCAUCAUGCAUUCAAUCAUGGGUUUCUGCUACAAUUAUGCGUAAUGUGGAGGAACUAGAUAUUAGCGUUCCUGAUUCAGACUCAGUUUCCUUGCCUCAUUGUCUGUAUGCAUGCGGAAGACUUUAAGUUCUAAAACUAGGUGGACCUUUUGUUUUAACAGUUCUACAUCAGUGUGUCUAAACAGUGUAAAGAUUGUUAGCCUUUGUGGAGUACAGAUUUCAAAUUGCUUCUCCUUGAAGAAGCUCCUCUCUGGCUGCCCAUUGUUAUAUGAAUUAGGAAUUAGCUAGGUACUAAUGGAAAAAUGCAAAAACAUUGCAUAUUAGCUCAGUUUCAUUGGAAAAAUUAACAAUGGAAAAAGAUCUUGAUGUGUGCUAAUAGUAAUACUACAGGCUGUGAAAUUGUUAUCAACACCAAAUUUGAGGUAUCUUAAGCUUUAAGAUGAAGAUGGUGGGUCAGAAUACUACACUGUAAGUUCAACCUCCCUAGUUUCAGCAGAUGUUGAUGUCAGUGAUGCCCGAGAUGUCAAUGCAUUGGUUAAGCUUCUCAAAGAUAUCUCUAGCAUGGUGAGGCUAAAGUUAUAUUAUUUUGAGAAAGAUUUUCUUGAAGGUGAUCGUUAUCUGAAACUACCAGUAUUUCAUAAUUUGAAGCAUUUGAAAAUUCAAAUUCCAAGUGCCUGGCAGCAUGUUGUGUUCUUCCUUGAACGAUCACUAGUUUUAGCAGAUUUGGACCUUGAUUUGGGUGAUUACAAAGGUGAGUGGCAUCAACCGGAUCAUAUCGUUGGUUGCUUGUCCACACACCUGGAGGAGGUUGGUAUUAGUAGUUUGAGAGGUCGGGACAUUGAAAUGCAACCGCUAGAGUAUUUUCUGAAGAAUGGAACAGGAUUGAAGAAGAUGACUAUUUCUUUUGGCUAUCGUAGUUGGGAUUCUUGUCUUAAGUCAAAGGUUGAUGAUGUUUUCAAUGAAUUGUCAAUGUUACCAAGGGGAUCCGCUGCAUGUCAGAUUGUAUUACGUUGAGAUUUCCAUUUUGACAUGCCAUUUAGUGAGGUCUUGUUGGGCUGUUUGAACUAAUCUAGAGGUAGAGGCAGCUUUCUAGGAGCAUGGAACUUUAGGACUUAAUGUCUACUAGUUGGGAUUAUGCUUGUGUAAUUUUGAUGCUGCGAUGUGAAAGUCCAACUGCUCAAUAACAUUUGUUUUCCAAUGGGAUGAAGCUUCGUACUGCUUUAUUCAACUUUGAACUAGGAGGCAAUUAAAUGAUUCUAGAACUG